UCUCUUAAUUCAGUAGUAAACAGACCGUUCAACGGUGAAGUCAUUUCACGAUUUCAGCUCCGUUUGGUCUUGAGUGAUGUAACUCAUUGUGACAAUUUACGCCUGUAAUUUGAGACGCAACUAGAUAUAUAGUUUUGGAAAUAGUGAUAUCGCAACUGACAAUGCUCUCCACACAAAGCAAAAUGUUAACGAUUCUUAUCGUGCUCGCCUGCAGCAGUCAGAGCAUCGAUGGGCUAAGAAUCUUGGGCUUAUUUCCGUUGCAUGGAAAAAGUCACUUUGUUAUGUGUGAAAGAUUAGUCAAACAUUUAGCUCAGCAAGGACAUCAAUUAGAUGUCUACAGUCAUUUUCCAUUUAAAAAACCUAUUCCAAAUCACAAGGACUUUAGUCUCAAUGGCACUUUACCAGCUGUAGUCAAUAACAUGACGUAUGACUUUUUCAAACAAUUUCAAUCAGUUGACAUGGCUGCAAUGAUGAGCAAUGUGGGAAAUCCAGUUUGUGAAUUGUUAAGCACACCAGUAUUUCAAGACCUUUUUAAAAGUUUGGAAAAAAAUCAACCUUACGACCUCGUUAUUAUUGAGGUAUUCGUAUCAAACUGUUUCCUUGCAUGGGGACGUCGUCUAAAUGUUCCGAUGAUCGGUGUAAUGACAAGUACUCUAAUUGAUUGGUAUAAUGAGCCACUUGGAAAUCCAUUCAACCCUGCAGCAACACCAGGCUGCUGGUCAGGUCUUUUCCAUCCCAUGAAUUUCUGGGAACGAUUAAUCAACACAAUUAUGUAUCACAUGAUAUCGGCACAAUUUAAUUAUCAUAUUAAAGCCCAAAACAAGUACGUUGAGCAACAUUUCGGCCACGGAUACCCUGAUGUCACUGAACUUCCACGAGAUUUAGAUUUACUACUUGUAAAUACUCAUCAUUCUCUCGAUGGUGUACGAGCAUUCACCCCUGCGAUCAUACCAGUUGGAGGCUUGCACAUUGUGGACGACGGUGAAAAACUACCCGAAAAAGUACUAAAGUGGUUAGACGAAAGUAAAGAUGGCUGCAUUUACUUUUCAUUUGGAUCAAUGGUCAGAAUCGAAACAUUCCCCAAGCCUAUUCUAGCUGCUAUUUAUGCGACCUUCAAAAAUAUCGCUCCGGUUCGUGUUUUGAUGAAGAUAGCCAAGCCUGAAGACUUGCCACCAGGACUUCCGUCAAACGUUAUGACGCAAUCGUGGUUCUCUCAAUUACAAGUCCUGAAGCACAAAAAUAUCAAAGCAUUCGUCACUCAUGGCGGACUCAUGAGCACGCAAGAAUCACUGUACGCCGGUGUGCCAAUGAUAGGCGUUCCGUUAUUCGGCGACCAACACUUGAAUGUGAGGGUUCAAGCGCGCCAAGAAAUUGCCGUAUUCGUUAACCACGAAGAAAUCACGGAGCAAUCAUUCACAGCAGCUGUCAAAGAAAUUUUGAACAAUCCAAUUUAUAAGAAAAAUGCUGAAUCAUUUUCCAAGAAAUUCUUCGACCGACCGAUGAGCCCAAUUGACACAGCCACGUUUUGGAUUGAAUACGUCGCACGUCAUGGCAAAAACGCCUUAAGAUCGCCUGUAGUUGAUAUGCCUUGGUGGCAAGUUAACUUGAUUGACGUCUAUGGCUUUAUUUUACUCGUGCUUAUAAUCAUUGGCUACAUUAUAAAAGUAGUAGUGAAAAAAAUAUUGAAAUUUUGCUGCUCUUCAAAAUCCGAGGAUAAACGAAGUAAAAAGGCUGCAAAAAAGAUUCAAUAAGGGAUUUAAAGUUCGAUAUAGUUAAAUUAAAUAGUUCAUCGAAGCAGUGGUGAUAUAUUUUGUAAUGUCCCAAUAAAUAGCAUACUAUAUGUAUAUUAUAUUAAAAUAGUAACAUUUAAUUUUUUUUUUUUUUUUUUUUUUUUCAUAAAAAAAACGUUCUUUAACCUGUCAUAUCUGUCAUGGUACACGAUUUUAAAAACCCUCUUAGAUAAUAAAAAAUGGUGCGUCCUACUGUUAAGUAAGCAUACAUAAGUGCAGCUAAAAAGUAAAAAUACCUUUAUAAUUUUUUAUCAGCAUAGGUCUUAUAAUAUAGAAUGCAAUAAGAAACGUAUACAAUACGAAAUUACUACUAUCUAGCGAAAUUAGUGCGUUGACUCUAUUAAAUUUAUUAGGUAUUAUAAAAGGAAAUAAAUAGCAUUACUUGAGCAAUGAAGAUCUUAAGAGUUCAUCACGAGACAAUAAGUAGUUCAUUUUCGCACCGGGCGAUGCUACUGCUAACAGCAGAUUUAUGCUAGUCAGUGCUACAAAAUAAUGUACGAUGUCCGUGUCGUAAGUCGUUCUUUAUGAAACGGCGUUAUAUACAUGCUGUGCCGUAAAGUACAACUCCCUGACAUUUGUAUCGUAAUGUGCUAUUUUACCAUCUAUCCCUAUCAUAUUUUAUAAUUACAUUUACACCAUGAAUAAACAACAAAAUAUUGAAGCAUCGAUGACGGAAUAGAUACUGAAAGAUGUUUGUAGUAGCGGACAAUAAAGGAUUGAAAAGGUCGAAACGGAAAACAAAACAAAGCCUCUGCAAAUCGGUUGAUCAUGUAUUAAAUAGAUAAAUGUAUGGUACAAUGAUUAAUAAAAUAACAUUAUACACAGAA